UAUUUUCUAAUACUUUUUAAUUUAAUGCUCGCUGCUAUUCUUUUUACAUUUGUUAUAAAUAAUGUUUUUUUGGGAAACUAUAUCGAAGGGAAGAUUACUUUUACUGACAAAACAAAAUUACCAAAAAUAGGAAAGAAUAUUGAAAAUAUUAAACAUGAAAAAGCGACGGAAGUAUUACGCCUUUCUGGAGAGGUAUUUCUAUUUUUUAAUUAAAAAAAUUCUUUUAGCUUUACCCAAUUUGGUAUAAUUUAACAAUGAAAAUUUUUGUCCCCGGUUUUGAUGCACAAAUUUCUGACGCAAACAAUCUUACUUUUGACGCUAAUUUACUUAUGAAAUUUCGAGUUGAACAAAGUACACAAAGAAUAGAAUUAAAUGCUUUAAAACUUAUUUUUGAUCAUCAAAAUCUUGAAAAAUAUAAAUUAAUUAGAGUAAAUGAAGUAAAUAAUGAAAUUAAAUCAAGACCAUUAAAAGUUAUUGAAGUUAGAACAGAUGAAGAUAACGAAAAGGUCUUUUUUGAGUUAAAUGGAAUUUUGGAGAGAGGUGAACACUUCCUGUUUCAGAUUCCAUAUUCUGGACCAAUUUCCACAAAACUCUCUGGUCUAUUUCUAACAACAUACACAACAUUCUCUGGUGAGUAUAGAUUUGCAGCUGUUACACAUAUGGAAUCUAUUGAUGCUAGGAGAAUGGUUUAUGAACCACAUUUUAAAGCUAUAUAUCGACUCACUAUUAUUCAUCCGUCUGGUUCUAAAGCUAUUAGUAAUUCAAAAGAACUUCGAAAUGGAAUACCAACAGACAAUAAAGAAUGGAUUCAAACUGAUUUUGAUGAGACACCUCCAAUGUCUUCAUAUUUGUUAGCCUUAGUAGUCUCUGAUUUUAAUUAUAUUGAAGGAUAUACAAAACGUGGAAUACGAUUUCGUGUAUGGGCACGCAAAGAUGCUUUAACUUUUACUUCUUAUGCUUUAGAAUCUGGAAUUAAAGUUUUGGAAUUUUAUGAAGAUUACUUUGGAAUUGAGUUUCCAAUUCCUAAAUUAGAUAUGGUUGCAGUUCCUGAUGCGGGUGCUGGAGGAACAGAAAAUUGGGGAUUGGUCACAUAUCUUGAAAAAUAUCUCAUCUAUAGCCCAGAAUUAUGUACUAUUCAACAAAAAUUGCUUGUUACUUCAAUUAUUGCACAUGAAUUAGCUCAUCAAUGGUUUGGCAAUUUAGUUACGAUGCGGUGGUGGGAUGAUUUAUUUCUUAACGAAGGAUUCGCUUCUUUGAUUGAAUAUUUGGGUACAGAUGCAAUCAACAAUGGAAAAUUUCAAAUGAGGGAUUAUUUCAUUAUUAGAUAUUUGGACACUGCUUUUGAUGCUGAUUCUAAGGCGACUUCUCAUCCGAUAAUCCUUAAAAUACGAAAGAAAGAUGAUUUUACUAAAGUUUUUGAUUCGAUAACAUAUCAGAAAGGUGCAAGUAUAUUAAGAAUGAUAGGAGCUGUGAUGGGUGAACAAAGCUUUAAAAGCGGUCUAAAAAUAUACCUAAAUCAAUUUAAAUAUCAAAAUGCUAACCAUACUGAUCUUUGGAACGCAUUAACAGAAGCAGUUCCUAAAAAUCUACAUGAUGGUAACGGACAACCUUUAAAUGUUAAAUAUUUUGCUAAAUAUUGGACUGAACAAUCAGGUUUUCCUGUUAUAAAAAGAAUAGCUCCAUCAAGAGUUUUGUUAACUCAACAACGCUUUCAAUUUAACUCAGAGGAUAAUAAUGAUAAGAAAGAUGAAAUGGGAGAAUACGAAAAAGUUAAUAAUUGGGAUAUUCCAAUUUGGUGGAGUAUUAAUGGUACUGAUCAACCAAUGUUAUGGCUAAAAGAUUGUACUGAAUUAGAAACAAUUGUUGAUGAUCUACUUGUUUUAAAUACCCAUUCACAAGGAUUUUAUAGAGUUUUAUAUUCUCCUGAUCAGAUGAAACAAAUUAGUCAACAAUUAUUCAAUAAUCAUAAAGAACUUUUAAUGGCUAGCCGUGUACGUAUUAUUGAUGAUUCAUUUAAAUUAGCUGAAAAUGGAUAUUUACCUUAUGAAGAUGCAUUAAAUUUGACUCAAUAUUUGACUGAAGAAGAAGAAUAUCCUCCUUGGGAAAUAGCAUUAUCUAAUUUUAAUGUAAUACAAAAUUAUUUUGACGAUGAACCUGAAACUGAAGAUUUGAGGGUUUGUAUUUUUAUAUUAGAGACCGGACUGUGA